GAAAAUGUUUCUCUUGGUCACCUGUGGACGGCAGCAAAGCUUAGGAGUCCAAAUGAAUUCCAAUGACACGUGAAGAAGAGGAGAGCAACGGGAACAGUGAUCUGCACAACGAAAAGUCAGUGAAAAAGAAAAAAAAGCGCGGAAAAAAAAGUGCUUUAUUAAAGUCACAAGUUGUCAUGUGUACUCCUAACGGGAGGGCUGCUCUACUGUCUGCUAGUACUCGGAGCUGCGCCCCAGCCGUUAAACUGACCCACUAGACAGACAGAAGUCUUCUUUAACGCCGCGUGACUUUGUUGAUAAGGGUUUAUUCCAGGAGUCUAUGGAGUUCAAAUUUAGUUAACUAAACGUUUAAAAAAGUCGCGGUAAAGGUGGAAUGUACUUUUAGAGCGCAGCAUGGCAGAUAAAAGCACUUACAACGUUGUGAUUUUGGGAGUGGGAUUUCUGCUCAUCUUCACUGCCUUCACUACCUGUGGAAACGUAGAACAAACAGUGUUGAAGGGUCUGAACAACGCAACGUUCAGUGGGAGUGGAUAUCACAGUUUAGGGAUCAUCUAUGGAGUCUUCUCCUUCUCUAAUUUGCUUGCGCCGACAGUCGUUACAGUAAUUGGAGCGAAGCUGACUAUGUUUUUAAGUGGCCUACUUUACAGUGGCUACAUUGCAGUGUUCAUCAUCCCCUCCACAUGGUCCUUUUACCUCACCUCAGCCCUCAUCGGCAUUGGAGCAGCUUUGCUCUGGACCGCCCAGGGACACUUUUUAGUGGAAAACUCUGAGGCUUCUACCAUCAACAGGAACACUGGAAUGUUCUGGGCCCUCCUACAAUGCAGCAUGCUGUUUGGCAAUCUUUACGUUUAUCUGGACUGGAAUGGAAAAGCAGAGAUAUCAGAUAGCAGCCGGAGGAACAUUUUCCUGUUCCUGCUGGUCGCCUCCAUCCUCGGCACUCUCAGCUUCCUGGUGCUGAGGACGAGCCAUCGUGAAGAGGAGAUGAUCUCUGAAGAGGAAGGGCAGUCGCUGCUUUCAACUCGCUCCAUGUAUAAAAACAGAGCGGAGGCCGCUUUGCAGGAUACCAAAUCAGAUUUCAAAACAAUCCUGCAGCUGCUGAAGAGUAAAAUGAUCAUGCUCCUGAGUCCCUGCAUGGCAUACAGCGGCCUGGAGCUAUCUUUCUACAGUGGUGUGUAUGGAACGUGUAUCGGAGCGACUGCACAGUUUGGAGAAGCAGCCAAAGGCUUGAUUGGGAUCUCUGGGAUCGUGGUAGGCAUUGGAGAAAUAGUAGGCGGAGGCUUGUUUGGACUGCUGUGCAGGAACAGUCGCUUCAGACGAACCUCUGUGGUGUUUCUGGGUAUGGUCGUCCAUUUUAUCGCCUCUUACUUGAUCUUCCUAAACAUCCCAGACGAUGCACCAAUUGUCUUUGAAUCCGCAUCUCAAAAGAGCCCCUACCUAACUCCGAGCGCAUCCAUCGCCCUGUUGUGCAGCUUCUUGCUCGGACUUGGAGACAGCUGCUUCAACACGCAGCUCUACAGCAUCCUGGGCCAUGUUUAUGCGGAACAAAGCACGCCUGCUUUUGCCAUCUUCAAAUUCAUCCAGUCUGUCAGCGCAGCCGUGGCGUUCUUCUACAGCGGCUACCUUCUGCUGAUGUGGCAGCUCCUGCUUCUGGUCAUCCUGGGCUUCACGGGAACACUCUGCUUCUUUGUGGUGGAGAGGAUGCAGGACUUCACUACUGAUUUACAGGAAGAUUGAGAAGCAGGCAGGCCCAUUAGGGAUCCACAGAGUUCUGGGAUGCUCCCGUUUUGGGAGGAAGUGGAGCCCUAAGGGAGCAUGUCAUCCUCUGUUUUUAUCAAGUGUUGUUUUAACGUUUUUGUACAUUUGAAUAAAUCUGAUCCAGGAUGCCAGUGUUAGAGCGAGGCAUCGAUUGUGCUGUACAGACUUUCUACACGUAACACAAUUGCACUUAAUUUAGUCUCUUACUAAAUUCUUCUAUUAUUUUGUCUUUUGCAUGACGCCCAGCUCAGGUUUGACCUAGAGGACGAUACUGUUAAAGAAUCAUUUAGAACAUUUUAAGGCCUUUUAGAUGUAUAAAUCUACUAAUUAAUGCCUGACAAUCAAUACAUGUUAUUGUUUUUGUACAAUCUGGAUACAGAUAUAAAUGGUUUCUUCCAUUUAGUAAAUCUUGGACUUGACUGGAUUAACCUGUUUAGAUAUGUCCAGCAUUGCUGCUAAACUUGUGUAGUCCAGGUGUUGUGGGACUAAAAUACAUUGAGGUCAAAUACAACUUUUUUCUUACUCAUUAAUUAAACAGAUUUUCCUCAGUAGGGUCACGAGAAAGCUUGUGCCCAUGUUAAUGCUGGGCCCGAUUACUGCCAGAACGAUCAAACUGAAUAAGUCACUUCAGGAGAAUCUGUCUGACAUGAUGUAGGCUAAAGGAUCUAAUAAAGGAACACACCUGUUCUAAAGGAUCUAAUAAAGGAACACACCUGU